CAGAAAUCAUUUAGAUGAGUUGUGAAAUACCGAUUUCUCACCUAAAUCCCUUUCUAGGCCACAAUUGAGAGUUGGGACUUUUAAAAGAAUGGACAUUAUGAUAUUGUCAUAAAUAAUAAAAAUGAAAAUUCCUAACGGACAAAAGCGACAUUUCAUUGCAUGUAGGAAGUUGACGGGACAACCAAAUAGUUGUUGGCGGUGCCUGCUUGGCUGCUAAUUCUUAGAUUCUUCCUCUGCAUACCUAAGCUUGCCUCAUCAAUUUCUCUAAUUACAUUCCCAACCUUGCUACUUUCUUCUUAUUUUUAUUCUGUAUACACAGAUGCCAACCUUUUUAGGUUUGAACUUGCGAAAUCAAACUAUGUGAACUGUAUUUUUAUGGGUCGAAUCUGCUUUUAAUUUUCAGACCAACCGAGUUGAGAUACAUUAGAGGUUUAAUCUAAUUUUUAAGAACAAAGGACAUGAAGGGAACUAUGGGUCAUAUUGGUCAUUUUGGGGAGAUAAUCUAGAAUUAUAACGGCACCAACAGGAUGGGAAAGGAGUGAAGCUUUAUUUUCUCAGGCCGUUUUGCCUUCAAGGCAAGGAAAUAAAAAAGCACUGUACAAUUGCCACAUGGAGCUCUCUAAAUGGUGUCACGUCCUUUGAGUUUUACUCUUUAAUUCUAUGCUUUGCUUUCUUAAUCUUCUAACCACUGCCUCAAUCCCCUUGUAAAAUCUGCUAAUCAUCAUUAAUAAUUACUAUAAAUAAAUUUAAAACCGGGGAAGGUGGUUAGAUAUAUAUAUGCUAAGCAAAGUCCUCUUUUGAGCCAUAGCAGUACUUGUAGGAUUAAAGAUGACUGAAGGACUCAGCCUUCAAAAGAUGAUGAAGACCACUCCUUCUAAGGCUUUGGUUAUCAGAAUCAAUUUGGUUUUUCUUGCUUUCUUUCUUGUCAUCUAUGCUUCCCUUCUUCUCCGGCCAUCUUCUUCCGUCUAUUUUCAGAAUGCAGCCUCUCUUGUUAGGUGCUCAUUACGCGAGUGCCAUCACAAGAUGAAGACAGUCUUGGAAGAGAAUCAAGCCACUAAACAGAAGCUAAAAGGAAACAUGACCAAGAUUGAGGUUCCAAGCUUCAUGAACAAUAUGGGUAAAGGAAUGAAGAUUGGCAUGGUCAAUAUGGAUGAAGAUAAUGUUAGUGACUGGAAAAUACAUGGAGAAACUAUACCUAUUUAUUUUGAAAGAGUCUCCGAGUAUUUUAAAUGGGAAGAUUUAUUUCCAGAAUGGAUUGAUGAGGAGGAAGAAUUAGAAGGCACGUCCUGCCCGGAGAUACCAAUGCCAGAUUUUAAAGCUUACGAUGAUAUGGACAUAAUAGUGGCAAAAUUGCCAUGCAAGUACCCUCAAGAAUUGUGGAACAGAGAGGUGUUUAGGCUUCAAGUUCAUCUCAUAGCAGCAAAUUUGGCAGUGAAGAAAGGGAGGAGGGAUUGGAGUUGGAAGACUAAAGUAGUGUUUUGGAGCAAGUGCAGGCCAAUGCUGGAGCUGUUUCGAUGCAAUGACUUGGUGAGACAGGAAGGUGAUUGGUGGUUCUAUGAGCCAGAAAUGUCAUGGCUGGAACAAAAGGUUUCGUUGCCCAUUGGAUCUUGCAAGCUUGCUUUGCCUUUGUGGGCGAAAGGUAUUGAUGAAAUAUACGAUAUGUCGAAGAUUCAGAGCACAACGAGGACAGCAAAGAGGGAGGCGUACGUGACGGUUCUCCAUUCAUCAGAAUCCUACGUUUGUGGAGCCAUAGCUCUUGCCCAAAGCCUCCGUCAAACAGGCACAAAGCGAGACCUUAUCAUUCUCCUCGACAGAUCCAUUUCCCAACCCAAACGUGACGCCCUUGCCGCCGCCGGCUGGCAAAUCCGACUCAUCAAAAGAAUUCGAAACCCUCGAGCCGAGAAAGACUCAUACAACGAGUACAACUACAGCAAGUUCAGGCUCUGGCAGCUCACUGAUUAUGACAAAAUCAUCUUCAUAGAUUCAGACAUUAUUGUUUUACGUAAUCUUGACAUCCUCUUCCACUUCCCUCAAAUGACUGCCAUAGGAAAUGAUGUUUGGAUCUUUAAUUCUGGGAUUAUGGUCAUUGAACCUUCAAAUUGCACCUUCAAUUUUUUAAUGGAUCGUCGUAGUGACAUUAUCUCCUACAAUGGUGGCGAUCAAGGUUUCCUUAACGAGGUCUUUGUCUGGUGGCAUAGGUUGCCGAGAAGAGUGAACUUUCUGAAGAACUUCUGGGCUAAUACUACACUCGAGGCAAGUGUGAAGAACGAGCUCUUUGGUGCAGACCCACCCAAAGUUUAUUCGAUUCAUUAUCUGGGAUUGAAACCUUGGAAUUGUUAUAGAGAUUAUGAUUGUAACUGGAACAUAGGGGAUCAAAGGGUUUAUGCAAGUGAUGUUGCACAUAAAAGGUGGUGGAAAUUUCAUGAUGGGAUGGAUGAGAAUUUGCAGAAGUUUUGUGGGUUAACAAAGCAGAGAAAAAUAGAGUUGGAAUGGGAGAGAAAGAUGGCUAGAGAGAUGGGAUUCAGUGAUGAGCAUUGGAAGAUAUACAUAACAGAUUCUAGACGUAAACAUUUGAUUAAUUAGAGAGAAUUUGUAACAGAUUCAUCACAUUUGAUUUGUUUCCCAUUUUUCUUUUAAUUUUCCUUAGUAUUGUCUUUGGAUAGAAAGCUAUAUGGAAUGUUUUUUUCCAUAUAAGUUAUAUGUGAAUAGAUAGCUAUAAAGUAACAUUGAGAUUAA